CGAAAACCCGGUUGCCUUCAUAGCGUUCCUUGUUCACCAAAUUCAACACCCGCACGUACGUACAUGUAAAUGUCACCCAGAAAGGGUGUACUCUUGCAUAAAUAAUGAGCUAUUAAACGCACGACAAAAGUUUCUUUCACACCCUGCCGUGCUGUAGCGGGUCAGUGGAUCCGUAACACGGAAAAACUUGGGCAAGGCAUAGGAAAGUACUGUCGCUCGAAGAAUUGACGUAUCAACCCUAGAAUAUUUUCCUCCUUUAACAUCUAUUUCAGCAGCGCCACUCUAAGACCACAGUUUCCCUUGAUCUGAAGUUCUAGGACGUCCAUAUUGAAGCUGGAACUGGACUUAAAGCGGAAUUUGAACGGCGACGAGAUAUAGUCCAGUUGAAGUUCUCCCUCUUUCACGAGACUUCGUAAAACCCAAGUCCCACAGCCAUCAUGGGGAUCCCGUACAGCGUCCUUCGGGAGAAGGGGACCCCGGCCAUAUAUCCCCCCAACAAGACAGCAGUCACCCUGGAUGUGACUGAGAUGGGAUUCGUCUUCGCUUUCAUCUUCUUGGCGUUUUCCUUUCUCAUCAUUUUGCCGGGCAUACGGGGCAAACAGAGGUGGUUCACCUUGAUACGCUUCGUCAUAGCAAUGUUCAUUGGAGCUGGAAUACUGUUGUCUGCCUGGGGCCAGGAAUGGGAGAAAGCUGAGAUCCACGAAACACACACUGCAUACAAGGCAUUCUACAGUGAAGAGAUAGUGGCAGACAUUGGUGUCAAGAUUGGACUCAACAGCGUCAACAUCACCCUCAAAGCUCCAGAUGGGAACAUUACCACACACCCUGAUGAGAAAAUUAACUAUAAUGAGCGCUUUAACUUCUGGGGUGGCCAGGGGCGCCGAGGAUUUGGACGUUUUGCUGGCCGCAUCAACCGUGAGUUCCGCGAGGCUCAGUGGUCAGGCAAGCCACUCCCCAUCCUGUGGAUUGCCGAGUACUUCGCACUCGACGGUGAGGGCAUCCGCUGGGGGCGUACCUACCGAACUGCUGGUUUCUACGCAUGGAUCAUGAUCUGGACCGCCUUCCCUCUUUGGAUUCUGGCCAUGGCUCUUAGCUUCAUGGUUCUCCGCUACUGUGGGUAUUUCCUGAUGAUGACCGGCGGUUUCCUGUGGCUAGGAAACAUCAUGUGGGCUACGGUCCGCUUCGGCAUAGAAUUAAAGAUACCUUUCAGCACAGAGAAGAUCCUCAUCUUCUCAUACGGUCCAACUUUCUACCUGUGCUUCAUUGCUGGUCUGGUUGCUGUUGUGAGUGGUUUCAUUGUCUUCAUCAUGGACAUUCGUUUUCCCAAUGAGUUAACCACUUUCUUUAAUGUGGACCCUCUGGCCGAUUAUGAGGAAACCUUUGUGUAUGACAAAGGCACUGGUGCCAGGAACGGUGCAUCCAACGGCGGCCCUGCUGAAAGUGAAACGAAGUCCUGGCGAAAAGUAUCAGCUCUCCGAAAAGCCAGCAGCAGACCCCGGCGAAAGUAUACCCCUCACGGAAAUCAAGGAGGAAGCCAACAACUAGAUAAUGGUGGAGAUAUUCAAAUGAAGAGUUACGGAUCCUCUCUGACAGGUGUGGAAAACCCGGCCCUUGAUGUAAUCGAUGCAUAGUGUGACAACAGCAAAUGUCGUAACAUUUCUCCCCAGCUGGAAACCUGUCAUUCUGUUGUUUUUCUUGAGACCCGAUGACUGCUACACUGAGCCUCUUCUUUGCACUGAAAACUUAAUGCUCAUCAGAACUUGGAAAUAAGUUUCAUAUUAGCUAUGCUAUGGUUAGUAGGAUUUGAUAGGGACUCAUUUUCCAGAUACAUUUGGGAUAAAGGAGCAUUUGUAUAAUCAACUACUUUGAAGCAAAUACGAUUUUACUUAUGAUGCAGAUUUAUUACUCCUCGGUUGCAGUUUGUUUUUCUUGUGUGUGUUUUUUGGCUUUUGCUUUUGUAAGUUCCAUAACAUGGGUUAAGAAUACCGUGUGCAUUUGCAAUGCAGUAUUUCCUUUUAAGAGGACUGAUAAAUUGUAAUAAUCAUCCUAAAACUUCCAUACACAAGUGAGGAGCUUUACAGAAAAAAGACAAGUUAUUAUCAUACUCGAUUUGAACACAAAUGAGGGAAGAAGUUAUUGAAAUAGAGAUUUUAUCCUAGUCAGUAAUGAUGUAUAUGUAAACAAGUAGAAAAAGUAGCUCAAAUGCAAUAGGUUCAGAUACAUGUAUAUAUAUAUUUGAGGGUUUGUAAACAGAUUAAUGUAAAUGUUCUCAGUCAAGGAGGAUGCACAUCAAUGUGUUUCAUCUGACAUGUUCUCAAGAUUUUAAACUUCUUCAAAAUAACAACGUAUAGUGUUUUUCUUUUUAGUAGUCCAUAUUGUUAAAUAUUUUGUACAAUAUUUAUGCAGUGUGUUAUAAAGUAUUAGCUGUAACAGAAAAAAGUGUUAAAAUGAUCACUUAAAAUGAGUGGUAAAGGGCAAGGAUCGAUAUUUGUGAACAAGUGUGAAUGCUUUUUAAUCUAGCAUUUCACUGUCCAAAAAAGCAAAUUAAGUAGAUUAAGACAGUUAUAUACUGCUUUUAAAUUCCAACUUACCGGUACACCUGAGGAAUUCAGUGCUUUUUCUGUUUCACUGCACUCUGUUGUUGUUUUUAUCUUAUUAUUAAACCUUUUUUAUUUAAUGCAUGUACUCAGUUUACUCUAACUACAUUUCCAAACAUUAGCCUGUAUGUAAAACUAAUUGUGGCAUUUUCCCAGGUAUUUGAAGUCCAACUUCACAUCACACACCAAAGGAAUUUCUUUGAACAGAAAUAAGGUACCAUAGCAGGAAGUUAACAAUGGCAGCAAGCCCCGAGUGGGACAGACACAAUUUUUAUGCCAAAAAGUAAACAAUUUGCUGGAGGCUAUGCACAACCUUUCUGGUUAAAUAUGGCAAUGCAGUCACAAAAGCCUGGUUCUUUGUGCGUCACAGGGUUGUAGUAAAAGACCGAGUGCACUGGGCCCUAAAAAGGCAAUAUAUUUAGAAGAGGCCAUGUUAUACACCUGGUUUGAGUUCUUUGUACAUUCUAACAAUGGCUUCCAGCAUGAAUGCCACUUUUGAAGUUCAGACCAAUGUUACUAGGACAAAUUCUACACACAACAAACUUCUGAUCCCUUGCUUCACACAAGACAAUUCCUUGUAUGAAUUGUAAGAUUCCCAGCAAGACUUUGGGAGAGAUUGUUUAAACUCUUUCUAACACCCCCCACUAUUUCUGGCCAAAUUUCUUCUUUUAAGCGUUGCCUAAUAAUUUGGAGUGUUUUAAAUUUCAUAUAUGAAAGUUAGAUGUCUACAGUUUCAAAAAUUCAAUUUGUUUAAUAGCAUUAACACUUUCAUACUUUGGAUUUUGUAAAAAGCACUGUUUAACCACAAGUAACUUCCUUUGAUAUUUUUAAGUAAAUCACUUUUGAUUCCUAUUAAACAGAUGAGGAAAUGCGUUUUUUAACAAGUGA